AACAACGUACAAAGUUAAUGCAGUUGUAAUUUACACAUAAAAUAAACACAGUUGCUAUAGCAGAUUAGCUGACUGUCAACAACUCAAAAUGACGAAGAAACGAACAUUUCUGAGGGAUAUCAAUUCCCUCAUAAAGACAAUUGGAAGCGUGACAGCUGAUCAGGUUAGCAUCUUGAUGGAUACCCUUGAAGGAGAGGACGCUGAAAGGGGAUAUCAGGGGUCUGUUACUGCAGAAGUUGCUCCAUCGAGCGGGGCUUACAAGGGAGGCAAAUUCAAGUUUGAGAUCUAUAUCGUUAACGAUUAUCCAGAGUACCCACCUGAAGUACGCUGCCUUACAGAGAUAUACCACCCGAACAUUGACACAGAUGACACUGACAGUGAAGGUUCAAACAUCUGUGUGAGUCUGCUAGAGCAGGGAGAAUGGGACUCCAACAUGACACUGGAGCACUGUGUACAGGCCAUCCUUUUCCUUUUCUUUAACCCAAACUGGAAUGAUGCCCUGUCUCCGCUUUUCUCUCCAGACCUUACUGAUUCCGAGUUUGAAGAAAAUGUGAAAAUUUCUAUAGAAGGGGGAUGUAUUGAAGGGAAGGAUUUUGAAAGAAAUUAUGGUCUUCCUGAAGUUGACAAAAUUAUAAAUGAUGCAGAUGAGUCAAAAUUAACAGAUCAAGAAAUUGAAUUGAACAAUAUAAACACUGCCUUAAAUAAUGCAACGAUAGGUAAUGUUCAUACAUCCCCAACAGAAAAUUUAGGAGUAGAACAAGACUUAGAAGAAACACAGAAUGAAAAUGUCUUUUCUACAUGUGAUGCUGCUCAGGUCAAUAUCGAAAUUCCAACAGCAGAUCUGAGUGCACAGGAAGUGGAUUCAACUACACAGGAAGUAGAUCUAUCUACGCAGGAAGUUAUCCAACAAGAAGUAGAACAAGAAACUAAUCUUGAUGUAGCACACGGUGAGUUCGUUCAACAUGAACCUCAGGUAGAAGAUGCACAUGAGGGAAAAACAAAUUUAGGAGAGAUAAUUAAUAUAGAUGGUGAGAUUAAUACAGACAAAGGGGAGACAACCAAAUCAGAGGCUGUUGAGAACAUUUUAUGUGCAAUGAUUUUAGACAAUUCUGCUGUACAGAGCAUGAAAGUGGAUAAACACUCAGGUUUUCUUCAUAGAAGUUUAUCUGUUGGUGACACUCCACGUGGAGAAACAAUCAAAUUAGACAGAAAUGUGAUAGUGAACUUAAACAAAGAGACGGUAAACAGGUUGGAAAUGCAGACCAAUACAGUCUGUAUGAAUGUGUGUGAUUCAUCAAUCAUUAACACAGAAAGGGUUGAUGAGGCUGGAUGUUCAUUUUCCUUGGUGGUCAAUGAGCAACAACAGUUGCUGCCAGAUGACCUAGAAAAUACUCAAAAUCUAAAAGAUCAGGGAGUUUUCUCCCUUGACAGGUGCUGUGGCAAUCGUGUCUUUUCUUGUAAUGUUUUAUAAGUCUUGGGUAUGCAUGGGUAUAUAAAUGACUGGUAUUUCAUCCCUGUGUGGGUGUAGGUGUGGGAAGAUGUGUGUGUGUGUGUCUUUGAAUUGACUUGUGUGAAUGUAUGUGGUUGGUAAACCUUGCUUGUGUAUGAAGUGCAAGUCUUAUUGCAAAUUACAAACAAGUUAUAGGAUAGUGUGUGACUUGAAUGGAAGUAUUGUGUUUUGUAUUUAUAUUGAAAUAUAUUUAUUUUGAACAGAAUUGUAGAGAAGUUGCAUUACAGAGGUAUGUGGACAAUUUACUGUUGGAUAUUCACAGAAACGAUUAAACCUAUACUUAUCUUUAGUGACAAUAUUGUAAAACCACAAAAUGACUGUGUUGAUUAUAUGUUAAUGUACCUUCAUAAAGAUAUCAUCACCUCUCUCAACCCUUUCCAUUUUUGCCUCUGUAACUGUCCGUUUUGUUUCAUAGAUAUAUUUUCUAAAAAUCUUAACUUACCCAAUGAGGACAAAUCCCAUCCCAAUCUCCCAUUUUUCUUUACGUACUUGCCAAAAAUUUACUUUUUUCCUUUUUGUAUUUUUUCUACCUAAAAAGAUAAUGCUUGGAAAAAAAUUAUGUGACAAUAUUGAACCUGUGGUAUUUGCAUGAACAAUCAAAGGGGGAUAACUGUGAUAUCAUAACAGCUUAAUCAGUGAAGUGUAAGUCUAAUGUUAAAUUUACGGGUUUGGUUUUUCAAUUUUCAUCUGUUAUUCAUGACAUCAUAGCUUUAAAUACUUACUGCCAUUUGUGACAAGACUAAUUGACAAUAUACAGAUUUCCUAUGAAUUUGAGAAAAUGGCUGCCGACUAGCUGAAAUAUGUUUACCUCAGAUAAGUGCAUUCCUGAAACCCUGUUGCAGUUGUGAGCAAUCCAUUAUUCACACUGUAUUUUUCUAGUUAUA